AUGCUUUGGGAGGUGGAUGCUUUCCGGAGGCCUCGUGGAGGUGCAGAUGGGGAUGCUGGUGUUGGGGGCGGAGCAGCAGGGAAACCCAGGGAGGCUGGCGGAAGGGUGUGCGAGUCCUGGACCUCGGUGCCCCCACGCCCCUCUCUGGGCGCCCGUCUGCCCGGCUCCCACCCCGUGGGCUGCAUGCUGUGGCCCGAGUUCAACCUGGUCACCGCACCCUGGCGAGAUGCCAGGUCAAGGCCUCAGACAGCCCAUGGCCGAGAGCUUCAGCCUUCACCCUGCUGGGUGCCUCGGCUUCACGUCAGCGCCCGGCACCUGGCCUGUGGCCACCAACUCACCACCUUCAUCACCAUCACCCGUCCAGGCACCUCCCGCCGCCUCUGUGGGCGUGUUCCCUCUGUCCCUCCAGCACCUGUGCCCAGCGGGUCCACGUGGCCUCCCCGAGGCCCCCAGCUCCACCCUCCGAUGGAGCAGGUGCCUUCCUACCCCGAUGGUGUCGGGGGCGUGUUGCUGGGCGCAGGUGGGGCUUCCUGGAGCUGCGGCGGCUGUGUCUGCACCCACGGAGGAAAUCCAGAGUCAUGCGACAGAGAGGGGCCCCCAACUGUGCUGGGGCUUGGUUCCAGGCUGGCGGUCGGCGCAGGGGUCUGCCUCGGUCAGGAGCAGGACUCCAGUUCAAUCUUUGACCGGCUGUGCGCCUGCGGGAAUGGUGUGGCGCUUUGUGCCACUUUUACUGCAGGGCCCACCACCACCACCACCACCACCACCACCACCAGCCAGCCGUCCCCCCGCGUCCUGGAUUUGGCGUGCUCCCCGGCAGGCCCGCGCCCUCGGGCCGCAGCCGCCGCAGCCUCCAAGCGGAGAGAGAGCCCCGAAGGGGACAGCUUCGUGGUGUCCGCGUUCGCCAGUGGCCGCAAAGGCAUGGAGGAGGUGGAGCGGCGCGGCGGCGGCGGGGAGCACCGCGUGCGGGACAAGCAGGAGCUGCCCAGUGGGGACCCCAAGGAGGGGCUUUUCCGGGAGGACCAGUGUCCCCUAGAGGUGGCACUCCCUGCUGAGAAGGCCGAGGGCCUUGAGGGCCCAGGACAGCUCUUCGGCGUGGACGAUGGAGAGAGAGCAGCAAACCGAGAGGCCCCGAGAGGACUGAGCAAGAAGCGCCUGGACAUCAACGCGCUCCAGUGCGACGUCUCGGUGGAGGAGGACAACAGCCAGGAGUGGACGUUCACCCUCUACGGCUUCGACCACAGUGGGAAGGCCACCAGGGAGGACAUGUCCAGCCUGAUGCACACCAUCUACGAGGUCGUUGACGCCUCCGUCAACCACUCCUCGGGCAGCAGCAAGACGCUCCGAGUGAAGCUGACCGUCAGCCCCGAGCCCUCCAGCAAGAGGAAGGAGGGUCCCUCCGCCGGCCAGGACCGGGAGCCCGCUCGCUCCGGGAUGGAGGGUGAGCCAGCCGAGGACCCAAGGGUGGCCGACAAGAGGCUGUCUGCCCACGUCAGGAGGCCCAGCGCCGACCCCCACCCCUGCCCUGUGCGCGGGCCGUACUGCGUGGACGAGAACACGGAGCGGAGAAACCACUACUUGGACCUGGCUGGGAUCGAGAACUACACGUCCAAAUUCGGGCCUGGGUCACCGCCAGCACAGGCCAAGCAGGAGCACCAGGGCAAGGCCUCGUGCCCCCAGAGCAGGUCCCGCUCGCAGGAGCCGGACGCACACACCGCGCACCACCGCAGGUCCCAGGUGCUGGCUGACCACACCCUGCUGACCGCGGAGCCUGCCGCCCGGGCUCUGGACGGGCAGCCCCGGCUGAAGGGGCAGGAGAAGCAGUUCCUCAAGUCCCCCAAGGGCUCGGGGAGGCCGCCCGGGGGGCCCGGUGGGAGCAAGUCCGGGAGAACCUUCAGCUACCACCCGCCCGCCGCCCUGCUGCAGGGCCCCCAGGACGGCCACCACCUCCAGCAGCCCCCGCCGCAGCCCUACGGCCACAAGCGGUACCGGCAGAGGGGCCGGGAGGGCCACUCGCCGCUCAAGGCUGCGCUGGGCCAGCCCGCCGUGGUGGAGCACGAGGUGGUGCGGGACCUGCCGCCCGUGCUGCUGGGGGAGGGCUACGCGGUGCCCGUGGUCCAGCGCCACGAGCACCACCACCACCACCACGAGCACCACCACCACCACCACUACCACCACCACCCCCACUCCUAGCGCGGCCCGGCCCGGCGCCACGUGGACGGGGCGGAG